AUGUCUGUCGUCUUUUACAAGUUCAAGUCGGCAAAGGACUACGACACUUGCACAUUCGACGGGCCGCAUAUCACCGUGUUUGACCUCAAGCGGGAAAUUCUCACGGCCAAGAAGCUCGGGAAGGGAACGGAUUUCGACUUGGCGGUUUACAACGCCCAGACCAAUGAGGAGUUCAAAGACGACAUGUACCAUGUCCCGCGCAACACCUCCAUCCUCGUCUCGCGGCAACCCGCCAUCAAACCAGGCAAAGGCACCGCGCAACGCUACCUCGCCUCCGCGAUGCCGACCGCCGCCAUGACUGGCGGGUCGCGGGUCGUGUCGACGCCGAUGGGCGCGUUUUCGCAAGCGAGUGCCGCGGGGAUGGGAGUGAAGCAUCAUUCUUUGAAUAAUCGGGCGCCAACGGACCAGGCGGGGGCGGCUCGAGCGCAGGAGGCGGCCCGGGAGGAGGCGGACCAGCAGCGGACGGAAUGGCGGAUUGCGAAUAUGUUCAAGCUGCAGACGGAGCAGUGGGAUCAUGCGCAGGAUCGGAUGGCUAUGCAAAAACCCAUCUACCGCCCCUACGGCGGCACCCGGGGCAGUUGGCGUGGCCGAGGCGGUGGCGCCGCUGGAGCUGACCAGUCAUCCACCAACCCUGACUCCACAUCCUCCAACGGCCCCAACAACCACGAACACCCCCAAGGCGGGGGCGGCUGGCACCACCACCAACAAUACCCGGCCAAAGCGCCCCCACCCGGCUACAUCUGCUACCGAUGCGGCCAAAAAGGCCAUUUCAUCAAUCAAUGCCCGACGAUCGGCGACCAGACCUUUGACCGCCCGAAGUUGAGAAGGACGACGGGGAUACCGAAGAUUUUCUUGAAAGUGGUGGAUGAUAAGACGGCGGCAGGGGGUGGGGUUAUGGUUACGCAGAGUGGGGAGUUGGUUAUUGCGCAGCCUAACGAUCAAGCAUGGGCGGACGUGGCAGCCCGGAACAAGAAUUACAUCGACGCCGGCGACGUGUACGAGAUGGCGCCCGUGCCUGACGAGUUGGCGUGUCCGAUCUGCAAGAAAUUGCUUCGUGAUGCUGUGCUGAUUCCGUGUUGUGGGACGAGUUAUUGUGAUGAGUGCAUCCGCACCCACCUCCUCGACAACGAAGACCCCGCUCAACGGCUCAAAUGCCCAAACUGCCACUCCGAUCAAAGUCCGGACCACCUCAUACCCAACAAGUCCCUCCGGCAGGCCGUUGAGCUGCAUAUCAAGGAGUUUGCGUCC